GUCAGUACAGAAUCAUUGAACUGAAUGCAAUUAUUAAAUUAAAUGGAAAGUGAAAAACAAAAAAACAUUGGAGUGGAAAUUCGUUAAGUUUUCUCUGUGUGGGACGAACUCUUAGAGGAUGAGCCCAACUGUGAAGCCAAUGAAGGAUGGCAUCAUCGAUGAUGAUGAUGAAUUCGUGUGGCAAGACUAUCUGGAUGCUACUGAGACAACAGAAGUUCCGCAGAUCAAUUUUCCUCACGUUGAAUUGACUCUGCAGAAUGGAAUUGAGAUUGGAAUGUCUUUGGAGGUUCCAACUUCUAAGGGCGAUAAGCGGAAUGCUUCUUAUUGGAUAGCAACGAUUGUGAUGGCCUGUGGACCUCUUUUAAGGCUUAGGUACUUUGGUGGUGAUGACAGAUCAUUGGAGUUUUGGUUUAACUUAACGAAAGAGGCUGCCCACGAGUUGGGAUGGUGUGUGAGAAACAAUAAGAUAUUGGAGCCACCUGAUGCUGUGAUGCAGAGAUCGCCAGAUUGUUUGGAGAUGUUGCCAGGAUUUUUGCUGACUGCCAAGUCCGUUCCAUAUGAAUUCCUAAGUGGAGUAAGUAAAAACAACUCAAAAUUAAGCGAAAUAAAUUUCUGGGAGCGAUGGAAUAUGACAGCGUGA